AUGGGCACACGCCUCAUGGCGUCCCGGAUUAGUCAUGCAACCAGGGGAUUGGGAUUGCCGACUCCAUAUGGAAAACGCAUCGAGCGACUAUCGAAUAGGAUUUUUGGUGAAAUCACCACCCCAACAGAUGUGAAGAGUCUAAAGGUCAUACGUGUAAUGUCAGCCGAACCUCUUGAACAGAAGGAUCAACUAAAACCUGAAUAUUACCCAAAUUUGCCAAUGUUUCACUAUCUAACGAAGAUGUUGCGGUUUCAUGGUUUAUUCUUCGACGAUCAUGUAGUUUACCGACAAGUUCAGGAUGAAUUAAAAGUGCUGCGUGGAAAGGUUGUACGGCCACCCAUUGGACAAGGCAAACGGGCACUACUUCGAAACGCAAAAGCUGGCAAAAAA